UGUUUCCGAAGUCAGUUUGUAAUUUCUUCGUCUCUUACCCUUAGCUUUAAUUAUCGUCUGUUCUGUGCGCACGCUUUGCACAUUCUAACGAAGUCAUGAAAAGAAUAUUCGUGGGAGAGAGAUCCCCUUCAAAAAGACCUCGCCUGGAGGAUAACCUCACACUAUUUGAUGAAACGCGUCGAAAGAAUGCAACUGACCUCUUCGACCCCGCGACAGAUGGAACCAACAAUAUCGAAGUCAAAGUUCACAUGAUUUUUCCUUGUAUCAAUACAACACGCCAGGUGAACGUCGAGAUGCACGAACACGGCGACACUUACCGCCUUAUCGUUCUCAUUUCGUCCAAAGUCGAUGAAUUGCUUCCCUUCCCAUUCACUGUGAAUGACAGAAUCUGCCUUUCUCUCAAGGGUGCGCAAAUACGGCCAAGGGCACCAUCUUCUGCCCCUUACUAUCUACCCGUCGCACUUGUAUUCAAAGACGGGAUCGCAGCCAUGCUCAUGUCAGGACCCUCAGCUGGGAAGGUAUUCAGUACUUGGGAAGUAGACUUGUAUCAUAAUGCUACUGUUGGCAUUCCCCACAUCAGGGACAUUACCAAUCAAAGCCCGCGGCCAAGAAUCGGUGCUAGUCAGAAAACGGGAGAAGAACCAACCCCUGUCCUUGUGCCUCAACAGCAUCUGAUUUCCUCAGUCGCUAAUCUUCCUCAAUCUGAUGCACGGUCACCAAAAAAAGAGCUCACAAAACAGCAGAGGCGCAGGCAGAAAAGACAAGCACGGAAGUCAGCCGCUCUUGAGACCAGCCUGGAAUCAGGUGGGCAUGAAAUGACGGCCCCUCAAGCAGUAGUUGCUUCACGAGUACCAUUACCAGCCCUCACCGAUGUGCGGUCAGCACCACAAGAACCAUUCAACGAGCAUACAAGCUGUGGUUCUGAACAGACCAGUUCGUCUUCAUCCAACAGGGCAACCCCAAUGUCCUCCGCGUCUUCUGCGAACGAUCCUGCACGCAAUCAUGGAUCACUGACCAUGAAAGCUGGAAUAGCCACGAAAGGGGGAGAUGAGUAUAUACCAAUCAGGAAGAUUGAGCCGGGACUGGGACUCUUCAAUGUCAUUGGGGUAGUUACAUCAACCAAGCCUCUGGCACAAACAUACUCACAAGAGUGGUCCCGUAAUUUCACUAUCGUCGACCCGUCCUGCAUGGAAGACGAUGUGGAUGUCGUGAUUUACAAUUUCAAGGUCAAUUGCUUCCAGAAGAAGCGUAUAGAGUGGCUUCCUCAGGCUGAAGUCGGAGAUAUAGUCCUCUUUCGGGAUCUGAAGAUUUCCGAGUGGGCUGCAGGUUUCAAUGGUGUAGGGUAUCACGAUAAGCUGCGCUGGGCCACCUAUGAUACCCAAACUCGGCGUUUCCGUGAUCCUGACAGAAAAGACGCCCCACAUUCCGAGAAAUCACCUUACUACAAGCCGUAUAUGCAAUGCACUGAAGAAGCAGAGUACUGUGGUCAGCUUGCCGACUGGUGGCAAGGCUUACAGGCGAAGCAACAGGGCAUCACAACCGUGCAGUGCGCACCACGCCCUUCACGAGAGCAUCACCUCAUCUCUGAGGUCACCCCGAAUACUUCUCCUCGAGGGUAUUUCGAUUGUACCGUCGAAAUUUUGUAUACCUAUGAAAACAUCAGUGGACCUCACACCGUGUAUGUGACCGACUACACUGUGAACCAUCGCACCAACCCGCCACAAGCAAGCUGGUGCUCGCCAGAACUGUCAGCAUACGUGUUCAAAAUGGAUAUGUGGGAUGACGCGGGGAUCCUCGCAAAGACGAUGCAGCCCGGAGAGUUCUGGUACCUCCCAAAUGCACGCGUAAUGACAGAUUCCUAUGUUCAUCUCUACGGUAAAUUGGUGGAAACAAAUAAGUCAAAAAAGCUUGACGAGGUCGCAAAUGGCGGGAACUUGCACUUUCGUGCAUUGUUAGAGCGGAAAAAGAAGUUUGAGCGAGAGGGAGGGGCGUCCGGCUCUUCUGCACGGUUUGACACCAAGUUGAUUGAAGAUGUCGACGGAGAAGUAGCGUUCUUCCACUGCACGGUUGAGGUUCUCCAUGUUGAUCUUGCCUCUGUGGAAGAGCCAGUUGUUUACGUCACAGAUUACACAUUCAAUCCCGACCUCGUCGAUUCAGUACACCCAGCACCAUGGGGUCUUGGCCUCAACCGCCGGAUCGUCAAGAUUGUCCUGGGGGACGGGCAGAAAGAGAGGGCACGCGACCUUCAGGCAGGCGCGAUGUAUAGAAUCAAGAAUCUGCGUUUGAUCAGGAAGACAGGUGUCAAGGGUGCCUUCGGGCGUCUAGGGGGUGAUGAACGACUGAUCAUUGCAACCAGUGACCGCGAGAAGGAGGCAGUAAAAGCUCUUUUACAACGCAAGGAGAAGUGGAAGUUAACAAUGUAUAAUUGGCAACGUCAGGUGCGUGCAUGACGCACACGCGAAGCAGAAGGGCCUGCCAGUAGUUGCCCAGAAGAUGUGUUUAACCGUUGAGAGCUGGCCCGCGAAAGAUAAUCGAUGGUAUGGACUUCUAGAUUGUACUCUACUUUGACCUCUCCUUGGACAAUCGGAUUCUCUGAUCGAGCUCAUAGAAUAUGUGUAAAUCCGUCGAUAAUCUGUAUUACAGCUAAUUGUUCCAUGUACUCAAGCAACCUGCAACACGAGUUAUUCCUCAGUCUCUGAUCGAAUUAAGUUGUUGACAGCCUCGUUGAUCACGGACUUC